ACAUAUUGCUAUCAGCAUAUUUCAUAACAGGAUACAACUUUACAUAAGAAAGAAUAUUAAGCUGAUAAUAUAUGGUAUUUUGUACUGGCUGUUCAAAAGUGAAUUCCACAACGAUGGUUGGCUCUGCUGUUGUUGAAAGUGUUUUGACAAUCAUGUUUCUAUCAUUUAGCUUGGCGAAUUCGAAAGAAAUUUACUCAUCAAUGCGGGAAGUGAAGGUUCACAUGGCAAACACCAGAGAGCUACUGAAAGGAGAGCUAUCUAAGUUACGAUCGUACGUCAAGGACCAAAAAGCCGCGUUAUCAAAACUUAAAGAAUCCAUUAACGAUCUACAGCAACUGUCAGAGUAUUCCAAAAGUCCGGACUUCGACAUUCUUCAUCCAUUGAACGCAUACAGGUUCAUCCGCAAUCAUUCCGUCAUCUAUCAACACACUGUGGACAAAAUUAUUGAGGAGACAAAACAGUUCGAGAAAAGACUGGACUCGAACGAAAGACCAUUGUUGUCCAAACUUCCGUCGCUUAACAAAACUGAAUACGAAGGCGUAAUUGACGGUAUCUUAAGGCUGCAAGAAACGUAUGACUUGAACGUAAGCGAUAUUGUUGAUGGAAACUUCGGAGGAAUUCUUUCUGGACUGAAAAUUAAUGCAAAAGAAUGUGGUGAGAUUAUAGAAGUAUUGUAUAAGAACCUUCAUUACCGAACUUACGGAAGAGAAUGGAUUAAACAGGCAACUAAGAUGAUACAGAACGGUGAUAGAUCCACAACAGUUGCAACGAUAUAUGCUUUGGCAGCCAAUGUUAUGCUUGCUAUUAACAAGAGAGAAGAGGCCGCUUUACUUUAUGCCAUGAUCCCAAAAGAUCAAAGGGGGAGGUACCACAAAAUAAUGGUAAAGGCUUUAUGGACCCAGACGGAGGACUCCAAUCGAAGACAGGUUUAUAGAAGAAUGAAUACUCCAAUUGUGAAGGCUGAUCUGAAGAAUAGGCACGAUCGUCUAUGUAAUGGCCAGAGUAUUGAGAAUUUGCUUCCAAAUCGACACCCCCCAUGGCGACAUCUUGUUUGCCGGACUGUGGUCAACGGUAGUCCUAUACUUAGAUUUCAGCCUAUUAAACUGGAAGAGCGAUCUCUAGACCCCUAUGUCGCCAUUUUCCACGAUGUCGGAUCCCAGCAUGACAUAGAAACCGUUAAAGAGUACGCUAAGCCAAAAUUGCAGCGAUCAAGAGUGCGCUCAUUGAAAGGCAGCGUUCCUGACCCUGGACGGACAAGCCAGGAUGCAUUGCGCACCUUGCCGUGAAUGGAUCUUUCUCAAUGUGCGGACAGUUACCAAACGAUGGAGUGUUGAUCGACUACUGUUGUGAACUGGAACUGGAUUUAUUCGUUUAGAGAUUAUAACUUUUAUUAUUUAGGCACUCGAUUUGAGCAAACAUACUGCAAGACGAAAUGUUCUUUGUUGAUUUUACAAAGAAAUGUUUUGUGCUUUUUGAAAUUGUGUAAAUCGAAUAGAGAAACUCAUGCAAUUUUGAGUAUAUAUUUUUUCUCUUGUUAUAAAAAUAGUUAGACAUAUAUAUCGAUAUCUCGGUGUGUACUGUUCGGGAUAUUUUCCAUCUGUGUUGUAUUGACUAUGCUCUUGUAGCCAUUAAUAUAGAGUUCA